GUAACAAUGGACUUUAUUGGAUUUGGUUAUGCAGCCCUUUUGACGUUUGGAAGCAUCUUGGUUUAUAAACGAAAGGGAGGUGUUCCAUCUCUGAUUGCUGGUGUUGGCAUGGGCUUUCUGGCCGGCUGUGGAGCUUACCGUGUCUCCAAUGACAAGCGAGACGUCAAACUGUCAAUGUUUACAGCUUUCAUCCUCACCACCAUAAUGGGUGUGAGGUUUAAGAGAUCCAAGAAAGUCAUGCCAGCUGGACUUGUUGCGGGUUUAAGCCUCAUGAUGAUCCUGAGACUUGUCCUACUACUGGUUUGAGAAGUCUAGAGGAAUGGAAAAUGAAAUUCAUGCCCUACUGCAGAGCGAAGAACAUGCUCUUCUUUUUGGAAGCUGUGUUAUAAAGGAAACAUUUAGUAUCUUAUCAGAAACAGAAGAAAUAUUGUCAUCUCUAAAAUAAGGGAGAGAUAGCAUAGCGGUAGGGCAUUUGCCUUGCAUGUGGCCGACCCAGGAGGGACCUGCUUCGAUUCCCGGCACCCAUAUGGUCUCCCAGCCUACCAGUGGUGAUUUCUGAGUGCAGAGCCAGGAGUAACCUCUGAGCACCAUGGGUGUGACCCAGAAACCAACCAACCAAUCAAUCAAUCAAUAAAGUAAAAAAUAAAUAAAUAAAAUAAACACUGCUGGGACCGGAGUGGUAGCACAGCAGUAGAGCGUUUGCCUUGCAUGGGUCUAACCCAGAACGUGGGCUCGAUCCCCAACAUCACCUGAGCCAGGAGCGAUUUCU